UUGGCCUCGAUGCAGCAGGUAAAACCACCAUCCUGUACAAGCUCAAGCUGGGUGAAAUCGUUACCACCAUUCCAACUAUUGGUUUCAAUGUUGAGACAGUGGAGUACAAGAACAUCAGUUUCACGGUGUGGGACGUCGGUGGUCAGGACAAGAUCCGUCCUCUGUGGAGACACUACUUCCAGAACACACAGGGCCUGAUCUUUGUUGUGGACAGUAACGAUAGGGAGCGAAUGGAAGAGGCAGCACAAGAGCUGGACAAAAUGUUGGGGGAGGAUGAGCUGAGAGAUGCUGUGCUGCUGAUAUUUGCCAACAAACAGGACCUGCCCAAUGCCAUGGCAGCAGCAGACAUCACCAAGAAUCUCAAGCUCAACGACCUUCGCAACAGAAAAUGGUACAUCCAAUCAACAUGUGCGACACAAGGGAACGGCUUGUACGAGGGACUGGAUUGGUUAUCUAACGAGUUGGCCAGCAAGUAGACCCCACCCACACAAUGCCAUAUAUAGACAUACUGUCCUCCUAACUAUGAACCAAUUCAUGUACAUUUCUUGGGUAGACUCCUAGUAGAUAUAUCAUGGCCCUUGUUCUCGAAUACCAGAAGAAUAAGAAAAACGUAUGUUGCUAUUGGCUAGAAAGAGUGAAAAAUUGUAAAUGUGGCCCAAUUCUUUUUACUUUCUUUCUCGUGUUUUGCUUUCACGUACAAUGGAAAGGAAAAAUUGUGCAAGAACAUUUGUAGAAGAUUCAGAGAAUUAGAAAUGCAGAACAGACCCGAGUUUUAGUGUAUAGUGCGAGCUAGCAGUUACUGUAGUUUCAGCCUGAGUUAAAUUAACAUGGUACUUAACAUUAUUAACUAUUACUUAUUAUAUAAGAAUGGUUACAAAGCUCUUGACUUUUCCCCAAAAGGACUAUGCAAAUAGUUCAUGUGGGCCGAUAUUAACAAUAAAAAAUACUAAAAAAAAGUCACAGAUUUUCCAACCUGGCCAUCUUGACCCUCUUUCUACAAAGAAAUGACAUUAGGCGUUAAAUAAAGAUACAUUGUUUUUUCUUUCUUAA